CUGAAUACAGCAGCAGCAUUUCCUUCAUGCUGAAAUCGGAAUCUCUCCAUUUACAUAAUUCCAAGACGCAUAGAGAGCAAGAAGGUGAUUGUCAUAUAAAGCGACGAACGAUUACUCCUAACGUCUUUUACAGUUAAUCACUGGAGUGUUUACUUCAUAUUCUGUAUUGGUGUUCGACUUCACGAUGAAGUCAAAUCAAGGAAAAGGCAACAAGAAACCAAUACCAGAUAUAAAUUUAGCAUCAGGCGGUUCGGUGUUGGUAAUUCCGUCCGGUAGCGAUGAUAGUAACCGGAAAGCUUCAAACGAGACGGAUGCGACUAGCUUUCCGCAUCCGAAAGAGGCAUUGAUUGCGCAAGAAGCCUCAAGAUGCACGUACACGAACUUCUCCCGCAACGCCUCUUCUGAAUCUGUACGCGGGCGGACGUCCAAAGAUCUUGCUCAUACAUUUCCAAUCAAGCUUCACGGUAUAUUGUCAAAUCCUGAAUUUCAGGACAUCAUAGCGUGGCUCCCCCACGGCCGAGCAUGGAGAAUCCUUCAGCAUAAGGCAUUUGAAGAGAAGGUUAUUCCCUUGUACUUUCGACAUGGACGGUAUUCCUCUUUUGCACGACAAGUCAACGGCUGGGGCUUCAGGCGUAUCACACAUGGUCCGGACUACAACGCCUACUACCACGAGAUGUUUCUCCGAGGUUUACCUCAUUUAUGCAGCGAAAUGAAGCGUCUUACUCCAAGGGAUAUCAACAAGAACCAGAAAGAUGACUCUCCGCUACCUGACUUUUAUUCUUUAAGCAGAGACCACCCAUUACCGGAAGCUAGCAGCACAGUUGGUAAAACACUGCUCCCUAUACCUGCUAGCGUUCCAGGAACAAUCCCGCCAGCCUCCUUUAGUCUGGGAAAUCAGAUGUCAACUUUUCAGGGCCCUGCACCUGCCGCGUUUUCGGCGCUCGCAGGUUUAAACCUAUCUAGCCUUUCCAGCUUGUUUGGUCAAACUGCUGCCCCAAUACCUCCUCCUGAGACUGUUGACAUGGACUCCCUUGACAAGCAUCGAAACGACAUUUUACAACAGAUGAUUGGACUUAUUAGCUCUCAAGGAUCAGCGAGACUUCCGGCUGCUGUACCUGCUCCGACCGCUUCCGCCCCCACUCCGUCCACCCCAGAUUCGCUUGUCGCCGCUCUACUUAGCCAGGCAGGGUUGAACCCCUCAAUUCUAGCACAGCUAGGCAUCAAUCAUGGCAGAAGCUCCAGCAGAAUCAGCCCCCCAAUACCCACGCAAGUCGUGUCUGGCUCUCCUUGGAACGGGAACGCUUUCCCUCAGAUUAGCAAUCCGCAACCUUCGCCUACUCCUCCAAGUUCGACGAUGGUAAAUACUUCGGACUUAGCAAGACUACUUGCUCUACAACAUCAAAGCAUUGCGCCCGCGCCAAUUAACUCUGCACAAGCCCCGCCACAAGUCAGCUCAAAUUCACUAGAUCUUGCUCGUCUUUUAGGAUGGGGUGCAGCCGCCACUAAUCAGACGUCUACGGCGCAAUCUCCGGCUCUGAGCGACACAAACAGCAUGACUGCAGCUCUUCUUCAGCUGCAACGACAGAUCACGGAGGGUGCAUACUCCGCUCCAAUUCAAGCUCAACAUCCCGGUACAGUACCAAUACCAACAGCCGUAAAUCCGGAUUUAUUGACGCUGCAACGACAGCUACUGGAAGCACAGUUUGGUGGAAACAACGGCCUUCUGGCUGCCUUGGGAUUGGGAACGCAUUCCACCAAUAGUGGCGGCGCGCCCACCAACAAUAGCAAUGGCAUUCCCUGA